AUGGCAGAGCCUGGGCCCGAGGCUCCGUGUCCUUCUCAAUGCGGCCACAAGAUCCGGCCAAGUGACACCAGUUGGGAUUCCUAUGCCACCACCACGAAGACUGCAUUCACACCUAAGAGAGGAGCAGUGCCUGCCUUAAUUCGUCAAAAAAGUACCAGAAGAUUAGGAUAUACGUAUUCACUUAGUGAUCCUAUUCCCAAUCAGACACAGUACAAUGAUGAGUAUGUUUGGAAGUCGUGUUCUAAAGAAGAUUUGAUCAACGUUGGAACUUCAAGAGGAAUCAAGAACCACAAAUCUUAUUACCCCAGUCAAGACUUCUUUCACUGGACGCUGCCUCAAGGUCAAUCGGCAGCCUCAGUAAAGAGCUACUUCCCCUGGAAAAUUGCUGCUUCGAUGGAAGAGGUUCGGAAGGCAAUAGCAAAUCAGUUUAUUUCCCACACGAGGAGAGACUUUGUGGACACAGCAAAAGCUCAAAAGAUUAAGCAACAUGCUCAGAUGUUUCUGGAAUGGAAAAACUCACUUCCCCGACCAGCAGACACUGAAUUUCGAUGGAAUUACCAAAUUCCAGCUAAAAUUCCUGAGCAGCUUCAGGAUUUUCGUUUCAAAUACGGAUGCUACUCAAGCCUACCCAUUGCUUCUCAGGGUCUAGCUCCAACCCCAGCCCCACUCUUGGAUGUUAAGGGCCUGAUUCCACCAAACGGGGCAUUUGUAGUGAAUAAGAUAUUUAACGCCAUCUUCGGCAACUCAGAAGUCAGCCACCCACGUCGCGACAGCCAUUUCUUUUAUGAAGCCUUUUAG